ACUGUGCUGCUGCUGCUGCUGCAGUAAGUAAGAGAAACGUGACGUGGUGAUGACGUCACCGAGUGGCGCAGAGGAAGAUGGGGCGCGAGAGAGGAAUAGACACCAGACACCAACAGACUGCAACGGCCAUGAAACGAUAUGAUGACAGACAGUGGCAGGCGGUGUGUUGGUCCACAGCCUGAUCAGACAGCAUGGGGCUCAAUCUCAGUGGCAAGGGACAACAGAGCCACAGGCUGGUGAUCUUCGCAGCCAUCUUCGUCCUGAUGACACUCCUCAUCCUGUAUGGCUCCAACAAUGUCAACGACGCCCUUUAUGCUCCCUUCCAUUUGAGCUCGAAUUAUGCUGUCAAGACCACAGAUCUGAAAAAGUGGUCUGGGAAAGAAGGUUAUGUGCCAUUUCAUGGGAACAAGAGUUUGAACCUACGCUGUCAAAGCUGUGCGCUGGUGACGAGCUCCAGCCACGUCCUGGGUAGUCGAGCAGGAGAAGAGAUCGACCGAGCGGAGUGUGUGAUUCGUAUGAACGACGCCCCCACGUUGGGGUACGAGACUGACGUAGGGAACAAGACCUCUCUGAGGGUCGUAGCCCACUCCAGCGUGUUCAGGGUGGUCCGGAAGCCUAGUGAGUUCCUACAGAGGCCAGACAGCCACCCUGUGAUCAUCUUCUGGGGACCACCAAACAAGAUGGGGAAGGAGGCCAAAGGAACCUUGUACAGGUUGAUCCAGAGAGUCAGCAUGACCUACAGCAACCUGUCUUGUUUCAGUAUCACAGCCAACAAGAUGCGCAGAUUUGACAGUCUGUUUCACAGGGAGACGGGACGAGAUAGACAACAAUCUCAUUCAUGGUUGAGCACAGGCUGGUUCACCAUGGUCAUAGCCAUUGAGAUAUGUGAUAAUAUCAAAAUUUACGGGAUGGUUCCACCCAAUCACUGUGGAAAAUCCAAAACUGUAACCAAGAAGAUGCCGUACCACUACUACAAGCCCAGGGGGCCUGAUGAAUGUGUGACAUACCUACAGAACGAGGGCGGCCGACGAGGGAACCACCAUCGCUUUAUCACAGAGAAACAAGUGUUUUCACGCUGGGCAAAGCAGUACAACAUCACCUUCACGCAUCCCAAAUGGUUUUAGACUUUUGUGAAAAGCAGAAGAUCUAUAUCUGCACUCACAGAGGCCGACGAUGAGCCGACUUCCCCAAAUGAGUCUUCGAAAAGCCACUUGAUGAAUAACCGCUAUUUUCAGGAACGCCACGAGGACGAAACAGCUUUUGGACAAAACUAUUAUUGAACCAAAUGACUGAGGAGAAGAGUGCAAGAUUUCAGUUUGGAGAGGAAAUACGAUACACGUGCGACAUGCGCUGGCUAUCAGACAGGUGUUUUUGUAAAUAGAAAAAGUAAUUUUUACAAUGUUUAUAAUAUUUUUGUUAUGUAUUGAAAAUGCAAUUCUGUUUCCCAUGUUGAGGGGGAAUUAUAUCAGCAGGCAUUCACAUUAGAUAUGACUAAGUGGCCCUACAAAACACUAUUAGCGCUCUAUUAGCCGUUCCAUCGUACAGAGAUUAUACUCUUUAUACAGUUAUUGCAAUCAGAUUCAGCAGACCGCUAAUUCAAUCUAGCAAAGUGGCUGGUUACAGAAACCGAUAUCAAAACCAUAUUCUUUCAUUAUCCUAUCAUAAAUAAUAUUAACAUUUCUACAUACAUUUUGAUUUAAAAUCAACUAUAUAGAAGUCUUAAAUUGAUAAAUGCCAAAGUGACAUUUAAAAUAAAAUAAUUUAACAGCACCACAAACUACAAACAACAAUGUGAAUCAACACCUCUCUAAAACAGUUUAAAGGGGAUCUAUUACGCUUUAUAGCUUUCUCCCUAUCCUUUAGUGUUAGUUUAGCGAAUUCGUUUUCACUAGGUGUACCUAAUAAUCGGGCAAACGAGUGUAUAUCAAGCCCAUCCACAAAAGCAUAAUCAUCCCAUAAAUAACGCAGAAUAAUACUGCAGGCGCCAUCAAAAACCUGCCAUUCAAAUUAAAUCUGUCCCUGGCUUUCUUGUCUGGAUGAGGGAGAAUGAAAUGCUAAUAUAAAAAAGGGGCAGAUGCAUGCAGCAUGCAUGGCAACUGGAAAGUGAUCGCAACAAAAUCCGAGAGCUGUAAAGGACUGUAUUCUUGGGGCCACUUUCUCUUAAGAGAGGCAUGUGUUUGACCUACUCGCUCAGAAAACCUGAAGCAGAGUCUGGUGUUUAUCGAUGAAAAUAUUCAGUGCCAUUUGUUUUGUCCAUGUUGUGCCGAUCUCAGCGUGGUUUUUCAUGAAAAGUUCUGUACUGUUUAUUGAAAAACGUAUGCUUUGAAAAAAUACAAUACAAGCAAGUCCAA